AUGGAGACUGCGCCGUUGACUCUGGCGCAGACUCAUGCUCGCAAUGCAACCCUCGAAACCGAACGUUCCAACCCGGUGGCGGCCAGCGAGGAACACGAUCUGGCUGCUGCCGAAUUCGCGGCUGCAGCUCACGGCACCUCGGACAUUGAAGCAUUGCGCAUUUUGAAUUUGUUGCAACAACAUCAUAAAAAGCUGGGGCGGUUGUUGAGAGAAAGUCACGAGAAACCACGGGAAAACGAAGCAACCCGCACAGCCUCCUCCACCACGGCCUCAACGGCGACAGCACCUUCAUCGCAUCGAGCGACCUCCCCAGAAGCCACUCCUCGACCACCGAGGCUGCCUCAGUCGGUCAGUGGUCGUUCCAAUCCUCACGAUCUAUCCUCUUCCUUGGCGAGUAAUCUGGCCUCGGCGAGAGGGAUUCCGAGCGUUCGUCAAAAGAGACCGACGCCCGUCUCCCCUCUCGUUUCAAAUCAACAUGCCGAUGGCCAAAUUUCUCAGGAUGAUGCUCGAGCCAGGCAGACCAUCUCCAGACAGGGCACAGAUUCAAAUGACCAUUUGCUGUCGAUGUCGCGGCAGGCAAAUACCCGCCCUUCCUGGGCACCUCCUACGACCACCAAGUCGGAUUCGGCGGACAAGGUCGAGGCUGAACACUCGACGGAACCGUCAUCAGCUUCCGACGCUCCGUUCCAGCAGUUCUACGCAACAUUUGAAAGUCUGGUCUCCAAGCUCAGCGCUCCGUUGGCAUUUGCUGGCCUUCCACUCACGGUGCCCGCUCCGACAAAAGUCCAACCCGCUCUACAAACCCCACCCUCUCCCAAAUCUCCCAAAGCGCCUACUCGCUCAUCACCAGCACCGCCGGCUGUGGAUUACUCCCAAUUGAUCUCCCGAGCGGCAUUGCGCGCGGUGUCGGAAAACCCUGCCAAUGGUCACAACCCGAGCGAGUCGUUCUACGUGGUCCCGACGACGGGUGGCACGGUGUCUUAUGCCGAAAUCAUGAAUCGUGCCGAACGUGAGGAACUGCGUGGUUUGCGGCACCACCGACAGACCUCCAAUCUGACCAAUAUCUCGGAAGAUGAUUUUGUCGACGCUCAAAGCACGAUCCUCCCACACAGCCGGACACGUGAGCCGUCCUCCAAUCCGACUCUUGGCCGCUUUCGGCGAAAUGGACCGGAUGAAGCCAAAGUGGGGGGCAAGACGAUGGAGGAGCUCUCGAUGGAAAACCAAGCCCUCAAGCACCUCUCCGACACACUGUCAAAGAGGUUACAUGUCUUUGAAAUGUCGGCACAGACGUCCACCGCCGCGCUUACACAGAGUAUUCGAUCACUACAUAUGUCGCCGCUGACGACGCCUCUGCUGUCGCCCGAGAAUUCACGGGGCAAGAACAGCGCCCGUCCUCUUGAUACAGGGGGUGCCGAUGAGGGAUUGCUGAGGAGAAUUGCCGAGCUGGAGGAUAUCCUACGCAAAAGUGACGCGAGGACCAGGAAGAAGGAGGAGGAAAACGCCAAACUCAAAGAGACCAUCAGCAAGUACAAAGAAAAGUGGGAAAGCUUAAAGGCGGGUGCAAAGGCCCGACGCGAGAGGGAGCGAAAGGGUGGAGGUGAGAAGGGGGGCGAUGCCGGUGAAGGUGCUAGUACGAGAGGAGCGACCGACGAUGGUAAUCAGUAA